AUGGCUGGUGUUAUUAAAGAUGCCGUUUCCAACGUUCUCGGAAAACUUCAAGGCACAACCCCAGAGGUUCCUCGUGAACCUUCAACCGAAGAGUUCCAAUCACUAGUACAGAAGUACAACGAGGCCGGACAAGGCCAUGUCUUCGCCUUUGCCGAGGAAUUGACCACCAUCGAAAAAUCUCAACUCUUCCACCAGCUCUCCAACUUCAAUCCCGCCCGCAUUAAUGAGUUGGCCGACAAAGCCCUCAACCCUCCCCCCGCUUCAACCGGUCCCGUAGUUCUCGAGCCUCUCCCCGAAUCCGCCACAGCAUCCAUCAUCGACUCCAGCGCCGCCGACAUCCAAAAAUGGAACGACGAAGGUCUGAAGCUCGUCGCCGAGAACAAGGUCGCCGUCGUCCUCAUGGCCGGCGGCCAGGGAACUCGUCUCGGCAGCUCCGCCCCUAAGGGCUGCUUCGACAUCGGGCUUCUCAGCGAGAAGUCCCUCUUCCAAUUGCAGGCCCAGCGCAUCGCAAAGCUGCAGUCCAUGGCCGGUGGCAGCACCAUCAUUCCCUGGUACAUCAUGACCAGCGGCCCUACUCGCAAGCCCACAGAAGAGUUCUUCGAAAAGAACAACUACUUCGGCCUGGCCAAGGCCAACGUUAUGAUCUUCGAACAGGGCGUUCUCCCCUGCAUCUCCAACGAUGGCAAGAUCCUGCUCGAGACCAAGGCCAAGGCUGCCGUCGCCCCGGACGGAAACGGCGGUAUUUACCAGGCCCUCGUUGUCUCUGGCGUCCGCGAGGACAUGCGCAAGCGCGGCAUUCAGCACAUCCACCUCUACGGCGUGGACAACUGUCUCGUGAAGGUCGCCGACCCGGUCUUCAUUGGUUUCUCGGCCUCUAAGGACGUCGACAUCGCGACCAAGGUCGUGCGCAAGCGUAACGCCACCGAGUCUGUCGGUUUGAUCCUGCUCAAGAACGGAAAGCCCGAUGUCGUCGAGUACUCCGAGAUCGACACCGCGACUGCCGAGGCAAAGGACCCCAAGCAGCCCGAUGUGCUCAUGUACCGCGCUGCCAACAUCGUCAACCACUACUACUCCUUCCGAUUCUUGGAGUCGAUUGAGAACUGGGCACACCAGCUUCCUCACCACGUUGCUCGCAAGAAGAUUCCCUUCACAGAUGCUGAGACGGGUGAAUUCGUUAAGCCCGAGAAGCCUAAUGGUGUGAAGCUGGAGCAGUUCGUUUUCGACGUUUUCCCUAUGACGCCGCUGGACAAGUUUGCCAGUAUUGAGGUUCGUCGCGAGGAUGAGUUCUCGCCCUUAAAGAAUGCUCGUGGUACCGGCGAGGAUGACCCGGAUACUAGCCGUGAUGAUAUUAUGGCGCAGGGUCAACGCUGGGUGGAGGCUGCGGGUGGUAUUGUCAUUACUGAGGGUGAGGCGAAGGGUGUUGAGGUUUCACCUCUCAUUAGCUACGGUGGUGAAAACUUGGAAUUCCUCAAGGGGAGAGAAAUUAAAGCACCUGCUAUUCUGGAACGAGAGGAGUAG